GUGACGCCAUGAAGGGUGAGGCGCCUCUCCUCACGUCUACCUUACUGUUCCUGCCGCCGCUCGCUGUCGGCCCUCGCAUCAUUUUCACGAAGGAAGGGACAUGUACCAGCACGGGAGUAGUUCGGACGUUGGACUUCUUCAUCGUGUCUGCAGGCCUGAGCCGUUGCUUGCAGUCGGUCGAGACGGUGCUCGGCACCGAUAUCAAGACGCACACCCCCGUGCGCAUCCUCUUCCACCCGCAGUUGGCUGAGCUCAAGGCCCUCCGGUUCCUGAAGCCCCCGAAGCUUCCAGCUGAGCGGCCAGUCGGCCCUCAGCCUCAGCCACCAGACAUCCCAGAGGUUUUGGACUGCGCCAACUAUGGCAUGGAUCUUGUUUCGCGGAAGGCCCCCAGAGGCCAAGUGCAGCGGCAUCCCGACACGCUGCACCGUAUCUGGGCUGAUACUGCCGAGUGGGAGUUACCCCAGGUCCUCCAGAAGGACCUGCGUAUCUGGGGUACCAGGGGCAGAAGGCCUCGUCUGGCCUGGGUCUCGGCUCUCGACAGGGACUCCAAGGCCUCUUACACGGAUCCCAUGUUGUUCGUUGGCAGAUGGUUAUCUCGCUCCAUUCGGUUUCUCCUGGGGGCUAUGGGCGACGGAGACGUCGUUACGUUCAGCAAGUACAAGCAUCACAUCCUGGAG